AUGGCAUCCGGGACCCCCGUUGUCGACAUCCAUACCCACAUGUAUCCGCCCUCCUACAUCGCCAUGCUCGAGAAGCGCACCGCCAUCCCCCUCAUCCGCAAGUUCCCUCAGGCCGAUGAGCCGCGCCUCAUCCUGCUCUCAUCUGAGCUCGAGUCCCUCGACGCCGCCCUCCGGGAUGCCGCCGCCAAGCUGCCCGGCCGCCCGCUGAGCACGCACUUUGCCUCGCUCGCGCAGAAGCUGCACUUCAUGGACACCAACGGCAUCAACAUCUCCGUCAUCUCCCUCGCCAACCCGUGGUUCGACUUCCUAGACCCCUCCGAGGCCACAGUCGUGGCCGCCUCGGUCAAUAGCGAGUUCUCCGAGAUGUGCGCCCAGCACGCCGGCCGCCUCUUCUUCUUCGCCGCCCUGCCCCUGAGCGCACCCGUGGACGCCAUUACGGCCGCCAUCGCGCACGUCCAGGGUCUCAAGUACUGCCGUGGUAUCAUCCUCGGUACCUCUGGUCUCGGCAAAGGCCUCGACGACCCCCGCCUCCUGCCCCUCUUCAACGCCGUCGCCGACGCCAAACUUCUCGUUUUCCUCCACCCGCACUACGGCCUGCCCAACGAGGUGUACGGCCCCCGCGCGGAGGAGUACGGCCACGUGCUUCCACUCGCGCUGGGAUUCCCCAUGGAGACCACGAUUGCCGUCGCGCGCAUGUACAUGGCCGGCGUCUUCGACCAAGUACCCAACCUCCGGAUGCUCCUGGCCCACAGCGGCGGCACGCUGCCAUUCCUCGCUGGCCGCAUCGAGAGCUGCAUCGUUCAUGAUGGACACCUGGUAACGACGGGCAAGGUGCCCAAGGACCGCCGCACAAUCUGGACUGUGCUGAAGGAGCAAAUAUACCUUGAUGCUGUCAUUUACUCCGAGGUUGGCCUUCAGGCCGCGAUUGCGGCGAGCGGGGCCGAUAGACUCAUGUUUGGUACUGACCACCCAUUCUUCCCGCCGAUUGAGGAGGACGUACAAGGUCCCUGGGACAGUUCCAGUUUGAAUGUCCAGGCCAUAAAUGAAGCCCUCGGGAGGGGCUCCAGAGAUGCGGCUGUUGUCUUGGGUGUGAAUGCUAUUCGUGUCUUGAAUCUUAGGGUCGAGUAG